AUGGUAGUUAAGGCGCGCGACUCGCGCGACAGAUUGCAAGAGAGUGCCGAAUGCGGUGGGCGGGUGUUAGUGAUACUGCUGCAUUCUCGCCGCGGUGCGAUGGAAGGCGCCGAAGAGAGGCUCCUGCGGGCGCUGAACGAUUUGGGGGAGAUUAAAGACUCCGGCGAAUGGGCCGCGAGUGCCGGCGUGGAUCACGGCGCGCUCGUCGGAACCAUUAAGAGCCUUCUCGCGUACGAGAUGAUCGUCGCUGAGGAGAUCGAGCACCAAUCAUGGACGCUUACAGACGAAGCGAAGGGGUAUCUCGACACGGGCUCGCCCGAAGCGCAGGUGUUCAACGCCGUGCCAGAUGGCGGCAUCCCAUUGGACGCGCUCAAGAAAUCCCUCGGCGCGGUCGCGGAUAUCGGGAUGAAGCAGGCGAUGGCGAAUAAGUGGCUCGCUAUAAGCAAGGGCGAAGGAGGUCCCACGGUUCAGCGGAAGGUGGCUUCUAUCGAGGAUAAAGUGCAGCGGCUGCUGACGAGCCUGAGCAAAGGAGAGACUCUCCCCGCGGCCGAUACAGACUAUCUACACAAGAAGCGCAAGCUCAUCUCUCCCAGCGUGUGGCGCACUUACUCCUUGGGCAAGGGAGCCAAGUUCGCCCUGGAAAAGAAGAAGGCGGCCACGGACCUCACCAGAGACAUGAUCCAGAGCACGUACGUGCUGGGCAAGGGGGGCAAGUUCGCUCUAGAGAAGAAGGCGGCUGCCACGGACCUCACCAGAGAGAUGAUCCAGAGGUGCGUGAAGUGGUGCUGUGCGGUGCAGAGUGGUGACGGAACAUUACAGAGUGGUGCAGAGCGGUACAGGGAACAUCACAGAGCGGUGCAGAGCGGUGUUUCUCUGUUGAGUUGA